AUGGUGCUCGGCCAGGUGGUGUACCUCUCGCCUGACUGCACUGUGGAGCAAGCAAAGCUGAAAUCUGGUUCCACCAUCAAGGUGCUUCCCGUGAAGGCAGUGAAUGAAGUCGAUUACAGCAAGUGGGACCACAUCGGCUCCAGCAGCGACGAGGAGGAGGGCGAGGGAGAGGCCGAGGAUGCGAAGCGGAACGGAGACUUACCAGGGAGUGGCGCAUCCUGCGGUGGAGGUCUCUCGGACUUCAAGGAGGAGAUUUGGCGUGGUCGGCACGAGGUGAUGAGGCGGUGGAACUCUCACAUGCAGGCAGUUGCACAGACCGCCGGGGGGAUAGGGAGAACGGGAGGUCAGGGAGCACCGGGGAAGCCUCAGCUGUUGUGUCGGGCGGACAUGGUUCAUUACUUGGACGUGGGAGGCUGGUGGGAUGCGGCUGAGUGCGAGUGCUGCUUUGACCAAGUGGUCAGACUUGUAGCAGAGCGCGCUCUCACCAUGCACAGCCUUGACCACUUCCGAUCCCUCCUGCACACACAGCAGCCUCGCUGCACCCCCCUUGCACACCUGGACGUGGUCAACAGGGGCGUGCUGGAGUAUUCCUUUCAAGUGCCCGCGUUUGGGAAGCAAGAGGAGGAGGAUGAGGACCCUCUUGCGCAGUUCAUGUGCAAGUGCACUCUUGCGCCGUUUGUUUGUGCAGAAGUGAUGAUGCUCGAGUGGAUGGCUGAGCCUCGUGUGGGCGUGCUCAUGAAUUUGGGAAAAAUCAGAUCCCGCCUGCCUGCCAUUCUGGCCACUAGACUUCCCCCUGCUACAUCGCUUCCUGCUGCAUCUUAUGCAGCUGCUGCUGCUGCUGUUGAUUUUGGACCGUGGUCCUGUUGCUGGCGCUGCAGCAGCUGCUGGGCAAUGUACCGCCGUGCUGUCAGCUUCGCUGGUUUCCUCGUGCUCGUGGCAAGAUGGCCCCGAAUUGACACGUUAUGGAAAGCUCAUGACGAUGCAUACAAUGGGGUGUACCCAGCGUUAGUGGCCCAGCUGGGGGCGGGCAGGCAGGAGAAUCCGGACUGUGCGGCGUCCACACUGGUGCAGGUGCUGGGGGUGAAGGAGAGUGCUGAUCUGAAGGAAGGGUUUGGGUUCUUCGUGCAGCAUGUGCUGUCAGGCGGGCUGGAGAAGGCGCAUGCAGAGGGAAAAGGUGGAGACGGGGGGGAGGCUGCUAGGGAGGUGCAAGGGGAGGGGAAGGGGAGGUGGGAGGGUGUGGGAGAAUGCACUGUAGAACACAGAGGGAGUUUUGGGGGGAUGGACCAGAUGGCUGGUGGGGGAAAACGAGGAGAGAGAAGGUUUGUAAGGGGGCUGGUGGGUGUGUCACAUGGGGAUGAUGAUGGAAGGCAUGCAGGGGAGGAGGCAGCGAAAACGGAAGAGGUCAAAGGGGUUGCUAGCAGGUGCGGGAGGAUUGGGAAGGACUUGAAGUGCAGGGAGCAUCUGAAGGGGCGUGAGUGGGAGAGGUAUGUGGAUGGCGUGGCUUGGAUUCUGAAGCAUGGAGGGGGGGAAGGGAGGGAGUUUAGAUGCAGCCACUGCAAUGAGGAGGGCAGCAGCAGCAGCAGGAGCAAUAGCAGCAGCAGCAGCAGUAAUAGCAUCAAUAGCAGUUGUAGCAGGAAGGAAGGCAUAGAUAUUCCCAAGGGCAUGUAUGUGAGUGGCGUGGGUGCCACUGACUUUGCCCUGGCAUUCGCCUCUGUGUUCUCCCGGCCAGAGCACUGCAAGCUGGGAGCCAUGUUCUUCACAGGGUAUAAGAGCACCACCACGAGUAUUGUGGAGGAUGCAGCCAUUGAGGAGGCCAGGGGGGGGCUGACAAAGCUGGGGUUGGCAGCAGGGAUGGAAGGGGGAGGGGCAACAGGUGGAGGACUCGAAUCAGCAGCUUCAGCGGCACCAGCAACAAGGCGACCAGGUACCAAAGCGGCUGCUGCCUCAGCCGGAGCCAGACUUACCCUCGGCAGCAGCAGCGGUUCUACUAGCAGCAGUGGCUCGUUGAACUCUUGUACCAAAGGGUCCCGUGAGUCUUGCCUCGUCCCACGGGGAAAGUUCCUGCCCAUGCGCCACCCACUUCGGGAUCUUCCGAACCUGCUGCUCAGGUUCGGCGCUGUUCCCCCGCCUUUGGAUGGAAGCAGCCGAGUCGCGGAGUGGGAGGAGUGGCCUGAGGGGAAUGAAGCUGCUGUGAAGUUUCCUGACGACGCCAGUGCCAGAUGUUUUGGGCAGGGCCGGUCGAAUGGCAGUCUGGGUCGCAAGAACAGAGGGCAUGCAUCAAAGCGGCAUGGGAAGUCCUUGAAAGCUCCCACCAAAGAAGCCCCUCCAUUUCCGAGCGAGUGCUAUCCCAUCGUGCGCUGCAAGGCAGAUGUGGACUUCAUAGUAGAGUUCGCCGGUAUGAUUUCGGAGGCACCAGCAUGUGCCCAGUGCAGCGCAUGCAUCAACAGGUUCGUCUCCCUUGGUCCCGUUGUCGCUCUCAUCGCCAACUUCGCCUACCGACCCGCCGCCUCUCUUCUCGAUUGCUUCCUCUCCGUCUUCCCGCCGCACACAGAGGAGUUCCGCACCCUUCUCAUGCGCCUGGGGAUAAACAGUCGGUACAACCCCUUUUCUGCCGCGGGGAGCAGCCUGCAUGGGUUGCUGGAAUGGGUGGACCUGCAGCCCGUCUCCUUCCUGCUCAUCGUCGCGCUUCUUUGCCCCACGCCUCUCCUGAAGCAGUUUUGGACAGAGGGGGAGCGGAAUUUGAGCACUGGAGGGGAAAGCAACCGGGCGAAAGGGAAGGCGGGUGGGAAGAGGGCGGGGAGUAGGGACUGUGGGGAGGGCUGGGAGCGCAGAGAGGGCGGAGAGGGUGGGGAUGGUGAAGGAGAUUCCGGGGUUGUGUGGGAGGAGGUGCAGGCGUGGCUCACGGCUGUACGUCCGGUUGAUGGUGUGGAGGGGGGCGGGGCGGCCUGCAAUGGCAGCCACUCAAGGGAGGAGGAUAUGAAUGCGCGCGUGAAAGACAUAACUGAGAUGUACGAGCGCGCUAUGGUGCCCAGGUUUUGUGAGGACAAGAAGCAGUGGACUGAAGCCCUUAAAACUCGUUGCAUCAGCAGCAGCAGUUCUGGCAAGCGGAAGGGCAAGAAAGGGGAGGAGCCGACUUAUCUGAAGGCAUGGCCGGGGGGAGUCAAUCUGCUGGCAUGUUUGCGAGAGAUGCUGCUCGGGGAGCCGUGCUACCGCCCUGCCUCCCCUGCUGCCCCUUCCGUCCCUGCUGUAUCGCCAACUGCUGCUGUAAGGAACUCUCCCACAGCAACACCCUCAUCAGAUGGCGCUAUUAUUGUCGCUUCACCAAGCGCUGCUGCAGCAGCCGUUCCCAAAGCAAAUACCACUUUGAAUGCUGAAGGCUCUGGUCCUCCGUCUUCGGGGGGACAUGCGUGCGGUGCUGUGGGGUGUGGGAUGGUGGAGAGUGGCGGUGUGAAGCUGAGGAGCUGCAGUGGGUGUGGCAAGGUGGCAUAUUGCAGCAGAGAGUGCCAAAAGGCGCACUGGCCCUCCCACAAGCUCACAUGCCCCGGCAGGAGCAACGGCAAGAAGAGUGGGACGACCAUCAACAAGCCCCACCCCUCUCCCAACCCCGACUCUUCUCACAAUCUCCCUUCCUCUUACACCCCCACUCCUGUCACACCCACUCAACCACCCACUCCUCUCAUACCCAAUACUCCUCUUAUACUCCCCCCCUCUCGCGCCUCUCAUACCCUCCAUUACUCUUAG